UUGGAACCUGUCCAGAUAUGUGUCCCGAAAAAGAACGCUAUGACCGUGAAGCCAAGAGGCGUCUGCACAUGUUUGAGAUGCUGCUGGCCACCAAAAUGAUGGCCUACCCUCAAGUUGAUCACGCCCGAGCUGUGAAGGAAUACAGUCGGUCUUCAGCCGAUCAGGAAGAACCUCUCAGCCAUGAGCUCAGACCAGGCCUCGUACUUGUGCGGACGAUGAAUUAUCUGCUCUCUGAGAUUGCCAACAUGGGCCAAGAUGGACUGUGGGCAGAAUGGUUUGAUUUCCUGUGGGACCGCAGCAGAGGAAUCAGAAAAGACAUAACGCAACAGAUGAUGUGCAACGGAGAUGCUGUGGCCCUCAUCGAGAAGUGCGUCCGUUUCCAUGUGUUUGCAUCGGAGCGACUGUGCGAGGAGGACAUCUCUGUGUUUUCUCCGAAGAUUAACAAUGAAAACCUCACCAAAUGCCUGCAGAGCCUUAAAUACCUCUAUACUGACCUCGACAAGAAGAAAAAGAUACGCUUCGACACAGAGGCAGAGUUCCGCUCCUACAUGGUCCUGAUGAACCUCAACCAGGGCGAUAUCCUCAGGUAAGUUGGGUUUAAACAAGUUAA